GAGACAACGCUGCUGAGGGAAGAUGGGUUCAGCUCAUUCUGGUCCAGAUUUGAGAAUCGUGACUAUUGGAAAAACUGGUGUGGGCAAGAGUGCUGUUGGAAACACCAUUCUGGGUAGAAAACAUUUCAAUUCCCGCCCCAGUUCAAACUCAGUGACUGAGACCUGUGAGAGAGGUGAGACAAGCUAUGGUGACAGAAAGGUUACUGUAAUAGACACACCAGGGAUCCUGGACACCAAGAAAACCCCAAAAUUCAUCCAAACAGAAAUUGUGAAAUGUGUCGAAGUCUCGUCUCCCGGUCCUCAUGUAUUCCUGCUGGUCAUUCAAGUCGGUCGAUUCACCACAGAGGAGAAAAACUCUGUGGAAGCCCUGCAAAAGCUGUUUGGUCCAAAAGCCAACCAGUACAUGAUCGUGCUGUUCACCCGUGGUGAUGAUCUUGGAAACCAGAGCAUACAACAGUAUGUAAAUACUGGCAGUGAAGAUCUUCAACGUGUCAUCCGAAGCUGUGGCAGCAGAUUCCAUGUCUUCAACAACAACAGUACAAACAAAAAUCAAGUGAUGGAGCUGUUUAAGAAGAUCGACGACAUGUACGCUGCAAAUGGGUCAUCAUACUACACAGACGCCAUGUAUAAAGAAGUGGAGGAAAAACGACGCACAUCAAACUCAAGUGUUGUUAUAUAUAGCUUCCUAGAAAUACUAUUUGAACGGGUCGUACAAUUCUUAGUCAUUCUUGGAAGAGACCCAUUACCAUGACCAGUAGCCUAAACACAUCGUCAGUAUCCAGUUAGAACUGGACAGCUUCUGCACCAUGUGAGAAAAGAUAUAAGCAUGGGCACAGAAACUAACAGUACUGACAGAGCUGUAUUGUUUGAUAUUGACCCCAGAGUCAAAAAAAAGAGUUUUAAAGAAUAACAGUAGAGAUCAUACAGGCUGUGGGGUGUUACUAAUACUCUGUUCUUUUAUAAUUUCCUAAUAUGCAUAAUAAUGGUGGAUUGGUAUGUUCAUACUUCAUUGUAAACUGUUUUUUCGCUUCCUGAAAAAUGAUUUGAUUGGUGAUUGAUUAAACAUGUAUGCCACAAGAAAAAUGUUAUAGAA